UUCCCCACCUCUAUGAUCGCGCCGAUUCGCAAAAACAAUGUUUAUAAUGUGGUAAAUUUGUCUGUUAUUUUUUGUAUCCUUGUCUUUCUGUGUGUCCUGUCCAAUGGAUGAGAAACGCUACCUGAAGCGCAAGGAAAAGGCGCGCAGCGAUGGCAAUCGGGAUCAGGUGGCGAUCAGUUGCCACCAGUUGGGUGAUUUCUACAAUCAGCAGGGAAAAUACAACGAGGCGGUUAGGCAAUAUGUCCAGGAGGCCCAGAUUAAUGCCUCCAUGGGCAAGGAACUGGAAACGGCCAAGGCCAAGCGGAUGGUGGGCGAGAUGUACACCCUGCUCUGCGACUACGAUGCCGCCAAGGAUCAUAUCAAUGAUUACCUCAAGAUUGCCAAGCGCCUGAAGAACCAGGUGGAGGAGCAGAGGGCAUAUGCCACUCUCGGACGUGUGCAUCUGCUCCAUGGGCAGGGUCUGGCAGACAGUUCCGCCUCGGGAGCCAUGGAGCAGCUCAAGCUGGCGGAAAAAAAUUUCAUACGCAGCCUUCUGCUGAUUAAAGAACUUUCGGGUCAGAUUUCAAAAAUUGAGCAACUCGAUAUGCAAGCUCGCUGCUACCUGAACAUCGGCGUGGUGAAGGAGCACAUGGAGGCUUUUCAGGAGUCCAUCGAGUACAUCGAUAAAGCCAUAAAAAUCAGCAAAACGCACGAACUGUGGGAUCUCACCCACUUGUGCUACAUUUCGAUGAGCUUGCUAUUUAAUUGCAAAAAGAACGACGCGACUUCGGCGCUCCGCUUCUGCAACAUGGCUUUGGAGGUGGCCAAGAGGUUGCCCAAUAAGGUUAAAAAGAUCUGCGAGACACUGAUCACCAAAGCUGAGAUCCUGAUUAAGGCAUGCGACUUUGCCAGCGCCAAGCAAAUACUCACCAAGGCUUAUAAGAAAAACACGCCGGAUGAGAACGAUCGAGGGAGUAUUGAGAAGCAACUGAGGAUUGUGGUCAAAAUCUGCCAGACGCUGGAUGAACUGGUCCUUACCAGCUCCGUGGACUACGGCAAGUUGAAAAGCUUGUACGAGAAACUGGGCGACGGUUGCUGUCAUCUAAUGAACUAUAAGAAAGCUCUGACGUAUUACCAAAAGAUGUUGGAGAACGCAGAGCUUAAUCAGGAGAGCGGCAAAACCCUGGUGCCCAUCUACGUGAGUCUCUAUCAGACUUAUCGGGAUAGUGGGCAGUUUGACAAAGCCUUAGAGUACCUGUGGAAAGAGUUUGAGCUGAAUCAGGAUGUUCCCUCGGAAGCGUUUACCACUCUCUGUACCAUUGCCGAGAUAUGCGAGCAGCAGUCUCAUCCCUUCUGGACGGUUCAUGAUGUUUACCAAAAGGCCCUCCGGCAAGCCGAAAAGGCUGGGAGCUCCUCUGAUAAGCUGGAGAAGAUAGCUCUGGUGAGAUUAAGACGCUUGAUGCUGAAGCACAAUAUGCAGGUUCUUGUUGAAAAUCUGGAGGCGGAAGCCACAGCCAAGGGCAUUGAUUUGGACCAGGAGGAAAGCCUUGGCGACGAAGAUGAGGAUUCCGGAGCUGGAGAAACUGCUGUGCAGCAGAAUACACCAGACUGGGACGACGAUUUUGACCUGGCCACGCUUACCGACUCGGAUGCCAGUGAUCUGGAUGAGAGCGAUAAGCCGCGUCCACAGAGAACCACACGGGGAAGCAGAUCCCUAGUCAUCAAGAAGAACAACAAGGGCGAAACGCAGCUGCAUCAGGCGUGUAUAUCGGGAAAUCUGGAGCUGGUCAGACGUCUUAUCGACCAGGGCCACACGGUUAAUGUACGGGAUCACGCCGGUUGGCUGCCUCUUCACGAGGCCUCCAACCAUGGCUUUCGGGAUAUUGUGGAGCUGCUGUUGGACAAGGGAGCCGCAUCUGCCAUUAAUGACAAGGGUGGGACCAGUUGUGAUGGAAUUACUCCACUCUUUGACGCCUGCUCUAAUGGAUUCCUGGAUGUGGCUGAACUUCUGCUGGACCGUGGAGCGGAUGCCACAGUGAGAACGGAUUACAAUGAUACCUGCAUUGCCGGACUGGACAAGUGGCGGCAGGGAGCCCAGUUGGUGGAUGGAGAGCAGGCGCAGUACGCCCAAUUGCGAGAGCGACUCCUUCGCACGCUUUCCAAGGUUGGAAUUUGCAGUGACCGAAAUGACCGUCCCCUAACCAAUGCCAACGUAAAAAGAGCAAGCAGAUCAGAGCGGGAAAGCCUAUCGGAGGAAGAAGAUGAAGAGGAGGCCCUACAAGAGAGUAACCGAAGAUCUCUAAGUCACAACCGAUCUGGAAGUGAAUAUGGUGCUAAGAAAUCCGGUAGCUCAACUCAACCAAGUGCCAGCAAAGAAUACAGGAGUGUUAUGGCACAGUUAAAAAGACCCAAUCGCCUUAACGAUGAUUCCCCCAGUACCAGCCAUAUAAGCAAGCAAAAACGCAACGCCCUCCUGAAUGAAGAUGAGGUCGAUGCGGAUGACUGGCUGAUUGAUGAUGUGGGUCCGGAACGCAAACGCAAGCGCAUGAACUCAGGAGACCUUAGUAGACUUCCCUCUAAGGAAAACUUUCAAGACUCUGCCUUGUCCCUGCCUGCAAACUGGGAGGACGAUUUACUCCGGGCUACUCCUGAAUUGGAUUAUUCGCAGCGGCAGAAGCAAAUGCGGAAACUUACCCUCUCCCGCUCAUCUAGCAUGAGUAGCAACCAUAGCAGUUCUGCUGCACCAAGUCGAAAAAAGCAUCAGGCUACUUUGAUGGACAGUGGCUUCAGUAGGUUCCGAAGCGAGAGUCCUCUGGGCAGUGAGUCUUCGCAGGAUGGCGUCGCCUCUGUGAUAAGCCUGCGCACCAUUGAACCCGACUCCACCACAAGCACUAUUCAACUACUCAUCUCCCCGUCUAAAUCAUCGCCCAUAAAGGUACAAACUACUCCUGUUUUGGCCACCACUGUGUCAUUUAAAGUCAAAGUGCAGGACGAGUUAUUAUUAGUUCCAAUUGAACGCAAGAAAUUGCAGGACAUCAACAUACGUUGGCUGGCUGAGGAAGCCGGAAGGCGCUAUAAUAAGUUAACUGGCCUAACACCUCUCCUACGACUCAAGACUGCCGAUGGCUUCGCCUAUGAGGAAACAGAUGCCGUGAGUGUAGCACUUGAGCAAAAUAUGUUAAUGGCCACCAUUUUGGAUUGGAAAAUCUCACCCCUUUCGCAACGAUACGAGGAGAUGUGCCACCAAAUUCAGAAGACUGUGGACAACAAGGUAAAGGUGCUUUUGGAGCGUUCACAGAACACUCAGAUGUUAGAGCUCUCCGGGUUGUGGAUGCGGGCACAGCAAACCGAGCCCAUUUUUAAAGCCCUUCUUCAUCAAGCGCGUCUCACGGUUUUGGAUCUCUCCCGAAAUUUUAUUGCCAACGAGGGAUGUCAACAGUUGGCCAAGUCACUGCCCACAUUGCUACAACUCAAGGCGUUGCGACUGCCAUGCAAUGCGAUUGGUUCCCAGGGUUUGGAGGCCCUGCUCUGUGGUCAGGGCAUGGAUAAACUAGAGCUUUUGGAAGAGCUCAAUCUAAGCCAGAAUCCUUUGGGAAAUGCCAGCCUAAGGAUACUACACAAGUUUUGUGCCAGUCCAGCUGGCCGUGCUCUAACUUCUCUACAUAUUGCUCAAUGUGAGCUGACGGAAUUGCAGGACUUCGAUUUGGGAUUCAAUCAAUUGAUAAGCUUCGACAUCAGCUUUAAUCAACUCACGCAGCAAAGUGUGCGCCGGUUGACAGAUCAGCUGAAUAGUUGCCGCCUGGAGCAAUUGACUCUUAGCUAUGUGCGCUGGCCCUUGGACGAGGCCAGUGGAUUUGCUUUGGGAGAGAGAUUAGUGUCUCUUUUAGAAGGUGGCACUUGCGAACGAUUUAUCCGAGUAGAACUCGCCGGGUGUGGGUUAAAUGAUGCCCAUCUGUACAAGAUUAGCCAACACUUGGCCAAAUCUAAGCAACUGCAAUGGCUAGAUAUCAGUGAUAAUGUGAGGCUAAGUGGAACCGCCCUUGGAUAUAUACUAGAUGAACUACCCCAACUGCGCUCCCUGUUGGCCACCAAUUGUACAAAUCUUCUGGAUGACACUCGACUCCAGAAAAUCGAACAACAAAAGCAGCUGCCCCGGCGCUUAGACUUAACCGUUGAUGAGCAGGUGUUCUCCAUGCCCGGUGCCCUGGAGACACUUCAGUCCAUUUGGCAGCUUCAGUUUGGCGACAAGGCAAAGAUGUUGGCAAGGCAAAGUGGCAGACGAUAUAAAGGGCUCCUCAAACUUUUAGCUGAUGGAAACGAUGCGGAAUAGUGAAGUGUCAUCAUGUAUAAACCAUUUUCAUUUUGUUGUCUGUUCCAGAGUAUUUUUUUAUUAUUUGACAAUUACAUACAUAUAUAGCAAAUCUGA